AUGACAAGUCAACUGUACUUAGCUUUAUUAGUGAUAUUUUCGUCGAGUACCGUACUGUCACAACUAAAUAGCAUCUCCAAUGUCCCUCCAACAUUUGGUCAAGAUUUUGAUGAUACGUCGACAGAGUGCGCUCUCAUCCUCCAUCGAACUUACGUGAACUCUAAUGGUAGGACACCAGCUCCUCGUUACGGUGGAUUCCUAGAAUUUCUAAAACCUGGACCCUUCCGGUCUUCAAGUCCUGUAGAGGAAGUAUGUAUACGAUAUACCGACGUUAACCGAGCUGUUGCCGAAGCUAAACGUUUAAGAGGAUACAGACAACCAUCGACCAUAAAUUCUUUGGAGCCACUCCCACCACAUAUUGAUAAAACAGCGGAGCUAGUUUUGGCCACCACUCGGAUAUUGGCGAAGCAGUUCCAGCUUUCUUCUGAUGAGAUUGCUCACGGUCUGCCAAUGAUCGACACUUCUCGCACAGAUAUCUGGGAAAUAUGUCCCGCCCACAUGAAGCCUGUGCCGUGCACUAUGGAAAGAUACCGAACCUAUACUGGAGUGUGUAACAAUAUGCAACACACAAGCUGGGGAUCUACCCACACCCCUUUUGUCAGGCAACUUCCUCCCGUCUACAGUGAUGGGAUCUCUGCACCUCGUGUUUCAGUUGUUGAUGGAAGUCCUCUUCCCUUACCAAGGAUAGUGAGUGCUUACGUCCAUCCAGACUUUGAUCAUCCUUCUGGUGACCUCACCAUUCUGAUCAUGUCAUGGGGACAGUUUAUUGACCAUGAUAUGACUCUUGCAGCUCCACCUAGAGAUGAAAACGACCUGGACUUCAUCUGUUGUGGAAUUCCCAAAGAACAACAGCACCCUAAUUGUAUGACUAUCGAUAUUCCUCCUGAUGACCCUUUCUAUGCUCGCUACGGACAGACGUGUAUGGAGUUUAAACGCGUUCUAGCCGGUCAUAGACCUGGUUGUGCUCUCGGUCCAAGAGUACAUAUUAACCUUCUGACCCAAACAUUGGAUGCUAAUUUCCUGUAUGGUUCAACAGAAAAACUAGCCAGAGAACUUCGACUUGGUAAAGGAGGGCUCAUGCGAGUGUCUGACUAUUUCCAUGACUACGGACUGAAACCCUUGCUGCCUCCUUUGUCUUCUACUCCUGAAAAAGACUGUACUGCCCGACCACGUCACUUGUACUGUUUCAAUGCCGGUGAUGAGCGGGUCAAUGAACAGAUCCAUUUGACUGUAAUUCACACAAUGUAUGUUCGCGACCACAACCGAAUAGCUACCGAACUUUCCCGACUGAACCCGCACUGGAACGAUGAGAGGAUUUACCACGAAACACGUCACAUCAUAGCAGCCUCUGUGCAGCAUAUUACUUAUACAGAGUUUUUACCCAUGAUUCUUGGCGAAGAGAUGGUAGCUCGUCACAACUUGACCGUAAAAACUCACGGUUAUUGGAACGGUUAUGACCCCAAUGUACACAUGGGAAUGUCGAGCGGUUUCCAGUCGGCAGCUUUUCGGUUUGGACACACCUUCAUUCAGGGUAUGGUGCGAAGACACCCAGACGACAUUGAUCUCUGGAGUGGUGGAAUUUCAGAGCGCCACGUACCGGGAGGUUUAAUUGGACCAACCUUUGCUUGUAUCAUCGCUCGUCAGUUUGCAAAUCUUAAAAAAGGAGAUCGUUUCUGGUACGAAAAUUCAGAUUUUCCAUCCGCCUUUACUCCAGAACAACUUCAAGAAAUUCGAAAAUCUUACCAGGCUAGAAUUUUCUGUGAAAAUGCUGAUGACAUGCCUACCAUCCAGCUUUACGUCAUGAGGCUCCCUCACCCCAUUUAUAAUCCACGCAUGCGCUGUGAGGACAUCCCAAAUAUUGAUCUCCGCUUCUGGCAAGAAGAUCCAGUACACGGCGGUUAUCCUUUCAAGAAAUAG